AUGUUUAAAUCAAUACUACCCAAAUUACAAACUAGACAAAUAUGGACUAACCGAUUGAAGCAUAAAGGUUUUAACGUUGCUGGUUUUAGAUUUUACAGUACUCCAAGAAUAAGUCCAAAGAAAGAAGAGCACAGAGUUAGAUAUAUUCUUUAUAUGGUUGCAUUAUCUUGGGUUGCAAUGUAUUUUGUUGGUAAUAAUUUAGAAAAAAAGAGACCUUCAAUGCAGAAUCUUACUGAGAGAGAAUUUAAUGAAUAUGAAUUAAAAACAGGAAUAAAAAGAAGAAAUAAAUUAAUUAAUGAUAAAUUGGCUCAAAAGUAUAAAUUUUAUGUAAUUCCAUAUAUUAAACAAGAUGAAGAGUUAGAUGAAAUAGUCACCAAAUUAAAGCAAAAAGAUUCAUCAUACAAUAUUAAAGUCAUUGAUCCUAAACAAUUAAUAGAGGAAGAAAAGGCAGAUGAUUCAAGAAAGUAUUCUAUUUUACUCCAAACCCUUGAAUCUCAAAAGAAAAGCUUCCCACCCGGUUUAAUUACAGCUAUUAUUAAAGAUUACCUCAAUACAUUCAUAAACACCAGAGAAGGUACAUUUGACACCAAUUUCAUAAUUAAAAAUUAUCCACAAACCACCAACGAGGCAAUCAAAUUUGAAAAUGACGUAUCUGAUAUUUGUAAAUGUUUGAUUUUGCAUUAUGAUAUCAUAAAUGAGCUUCCAAAAGUGAAAAAUGAUGAAGAGGUAAGAGAUAUUAAAAAUGUUGAUGGAUAUUUCAAUACUAUUGGGAAAUCAAAAACUAUAGUUUCAAAGUGGGAUGAAAUGGAUACUAAAUUGGAAGAAAUCAUGUUGGAAGACUACUAG